CCAAAAAUGGCCCCGCACUUCCCCUCCCUGUUGCCCGCGUCUCAGCCCGCCCUCCUGAGUUGCUGCGUGGAUGGUGACACCGACCCUGCCCCGCAAGUCGUCUCCCCCCUAUCCUCCAGUGCUGCUGCGACACUCGCCAGCGUCGCACCGACACCUGAAGUUAGGAAUCAACUUCACACCAAGGGAGGAGGGAAAUUAAAAGGAGGCUACGCGUUGCCAUGGCAACACCCCAGCACAGACCGACUGCAGCUGCUCCUGUGGGGACAGGCUGCAGCGUAUGAUUGGCCCCAUUUCCUUAAGAUGAAGAAAAAUUUGAGGCCUAAUAAGUCGCCAAACAUGAAGUCGCCUUCCUCUGCAAGUAAAGGAAAAUCGCCUGUGGCUUAUAGGUCGCUGGCGUCGGGCUAUAACCUGCUAGAUGUGACGGAAGAAAGUGAUGCUCCGGAACAUGAUGGAGAGAAAACGAGGGGCAAUGAGGUGGGAGUUCGCUAUAUCACAGAAUCUCUGAUCCAGAAGCAGACCAAACAAGAAAACCUGGCAUACGUCACCUCCCUGAAUCUUUGCCUUGCAAAAGAAGGUGGCAAAAAAUUCAAGUUCAUUGAGAACCUGGAAAAAUGUGAAAGACUUGAAGUUCUAAACCUGAGUCAUAACCUGAUAGAGAAGAUCGAGAAGCUGGAAAAGCAGAUAAGGCUCAGAGAACUCAACUUGGCCUACAACAAAAUCAGCAAAAUUGAGCACUUCGAGCACAUGCAAAAUCUGAAAAAACUGAACCUGGCAGGGAAUGAAAUCGAGCACAUCCCGGUUUGGGUUGGCAAGAAGCUGAAGUCUCUCACCGCCCUAAACCUGAAGGAAAACAGGAUCUCUUCACUUCAGGAUGUUUCCAGGUUAAAGCCAUUGAAAGACCUCACUACCCUCUCCUUGUCUGAUAAUCCCGUGUCCAACCUCCCUCAUUACCGGCUCUAUACCGUGUUUCACCUGCGCUCCCUGAAUUCCUUGGAUGCUCAGCCAGUGACCAAUCAGGAGAGACAGGAGGCCCACGAACGAUUUAACCUAGAAGAGUUAGAGAAACUGGAGAGAGAGCUGGAAAAGAAAAUAAGUGAGAUUGAUGAGCUGCAGAACCAGAAAGCCAAGAUUACCGGGGAGCUGCAGAACCAGGACGAGCUGAAUAGAUCCCUAAAGCAAGAGGCGCUGCAGCAGAAAAAGAGCUACAAGGAGCUGGAGCAGGAGAUGGAAACUAAGAACGAAAUUCUGAAGCAGAAGACUGUGGAAUUAACCAGGGCCUGCCAGAAACAGUACGAGCUGGAGCAGGAGCUGGCCUUCUAUAAGAUCGAUGCCAAAUUCGAGCCAUUGGGGUACUUUGAAUCAGAGAAUGUGGAAGUAGAAGACGUUCCCGGGGAAAGUCCUUACAUCGGCAAAGCCAGGUACAAAAGGAACAUGUAUGCCCGGGAAAGCUUCAUAGCAAACCCUGCCCAGCCGUUGCAGAUGGGGAAGAUCGAGCCCGACGAGGACAGUCAGAUUAGAAACCAGCAGAUCCAGGCCAGAAUCCAUACAGCCCUCGAUGUUGAACUGGGAGACAAGGAGAGAAACAUCCAGGCGGCGCAAGGGAAAUUAGCGGAUCUGCAGCACGAAAUUCUUAAUUCUGAAAAGCAGAUUUUAAAAGCCACAGAGGAACUGAAAGAACUGGAAGAUGCCGUGGCACAAAAAAAGAUGUCGGAGGCGGAGAAGGAGAGACUGCGGCAGCAGCUGAGCGGGAAGAUCCAACUGUUGAACCAACUGCGCCAGGAGGCUCUGGAACUGGAGAAGCAGAUGGAAUGGCAGAGGAGGGAGAUGGACAAGAAGCACAGGGAGAUCGAAGAUCUUGGCAAGCACUUGGCAUCCCUCAGCCCUCUGGAUCCCAGACAUUCCCACGUGAAGGCCCAGAAGGCCGGUAAGGAGCAACAGCUGGAUAUGAUGGACCAGAACUACAGGCAGCUGGAAGGGAGGCUGGAUGAUAUGCUCUCCCGCAUAGCCAAGGAAACGGAGGAGAUCAAGGAUCUGGAACAGCAACUUACAGAGGGCCAGAUAGCAGCCAAUGAAGCUCUGAAGAGGGAUCUGGAGGGCAUCAUAGCGGGCCUGCAGGAGUACCUAGAGAGCGUGAAAGGCCAGGCCAAGCAGGCACAUGAUGAGUGCCGAGAGCUUCAUGCAGAGAGGGAAGACUUACUCCAGAGACUGACAGAGUUGGAGGAAGAGAAGAAGCAGCUGGAGGCGGUGGCUUUGGAGGCUGAAGGCAUGAGAAAAGAGAUCGCUGAGCUCGAGCACAGUCUUCAGGAGCAGCAGGAACUGAACGAAUCCCUGCGCCAGGCUCAGGGGGAUCUUAGCGAGUACGAGGCCGAACUUGAGGCCCAGCUGAAAGCCCGAGAUGCGGAGGCCAAGCAGUUAAAGGAGGAGCUGGAGAGGAGGAAACGUCUGAGCCAUAUGGAGAGCUCUGCAUUGCAAGCUGAACUGGAGAAGGACAAACAGGCGCUGGAGAAUGCACUGACCAAGGCGCAGUUGUUGGAGGAGACAGAUCAAGAGAAUCAAAAGCUGUUGUCUCAGAUGGACCAACUGCAGGGGGAAAACGACUAUUUGAAAGAGCAGCUUGAGAAUUUCCAAGCCCAGCUGGCCAAUGCCGUGGAUAACUUGGUCCACCCCGAGCAGAUCAGCGCCCGAGUGUCCGAACUGAAACGCAAAUUGCAGACAGGAGUUGGUGAAAUCAGGUGCACCAGUCCCACGGAUGUCUUGGGUAGGAACCUGGCAGAACUUCAGCAGCAGUUUAAUGAGAUCCUCGCCAAGUCCCAGGAAGAGAAAAAGGAGGCGCAGGAAAGGCAGCGCAAACUGCAGGAGGAAAUAGCCGCCCUCCAGGAGAAAGCCAAGGAAGCACCGGCGGAGUACAAGAGGGCCUGCAACAAGGCCGCCGAAGCCAAGAUGCAGGCGCUAAAGAGACAGUAUGAGGCGAAGCUCCGGCAGCUGGAGAAUGAAAUCCAGCGGCUAAAGGGCAAACUGAAGAGCAUGGAAGAAAUCCAAGGCCUGGCGGAUCAGCAGCUGGUAGAGGCCGACGAGGAGCGGGAGAAGCUUCUAUCUGAACUUCAGGAUAUGGAGAACCAAAGAAAAAUGGAAGAUGCCGUGGCGCAGAAGCAGUUGUCUGCUCUGGAUAAAGAACUGCGGGAGCUGAAGCGAGCGGUGGCUGUCUCCGAUAAGCUGGCUGCAUCCGAGCUGUCUAACGCCAAGGAGCAGCUGCAGUCUCUUCAUGGAACUGUACUUAAAAUUAACCAGGAGCGGGUGGAGGAAAUGAAGGAAGCAGAAAACGUCAAUACUCAGGCAGAGCAGGCAUCUCGGAAUCUUGCCAAAGCGGAAGCAGAGAUUGACCUGCUGCAGAACAUCCUAAAAGAAAGAGAGAAACAGCUCCAGGAAGAAAUGCAGAAUGCCGAUGCCGGUAUGGCAACUUCCAGCUACCAACAUCAGGAGAUCGAGAAACUGAACCACACAAUGAGAAGACAGCGGGGCGAAAUCGACCGCCUUAAACAUUUACUGGAUCAUGCCAGAUUAGAUAAUAUUGACGAGAUUGAGAAUCUGCUGGAUGAGAUUGAGUCUCUCAGAAACACCCUUGGCUACCAGAACGAUUAUAUCACCAGUAUGGCUGACCCAUUCCGACGAAAGGGCUACUGGUACUAUGUGCCAUCCCCAUCAAAUACAUCUGGUCCAGAUUCUCUGAGUACCAAAGACUCUGGGCUUGGCCUCCAUUACCCCGUGACAUCAUCACCGGCCAGAAGAAAGUGCAGCCACGGCCGACAUAACAAGAAGGAUGAGUGCGCUCGCUGUGCCUCGGGGCAUUGGGUCUAUUCACCCCUCAGACACGGCACGCGCAGGGGGCACACCCACAGAGAUGGAGAAGAUGGCGAUGGAGAAGAGAGUGAUGCCAGUGCCACACCCCAGCGCCAUUUUAUGCCACCCGCUGGCUCUGUUAUUUACACUGUGCUUCCAGACGGCACUCCUGCACCUCAGGGAACAGUGGUGUACGGACCUCCGCCUCCCUCCAGCGGCAGACCAGUUGCCCCUGGGACUGUUAUCUAUGGCCCCCCUCCUGUCGGAACUCAGAUUAUCUAUGGACCUCCUCCACCCCAUUUCACCAUCCCUGUUAUCCCAGCCGGGGUCCUUCAUUGUAACGUGCCUGGGCAUCACAAUCUGGAAAACGAGCUGACCCGUUUGGAGGACAUUAUCGAUCACCUCAAGUCUCGGCGGCACAAAGAGAAACGAUCAAAGGAACGUCUGCAGGAGGAUAUCGACGACCUCGAGCAUCAGAAAGAAAUCCUCAGGAAGGAAGUAGAGGAGCUGCGUGUUUCGGGCCAGAGGCGGAAGAGGAAAAACUUUGUCGACGGGCACAUCGGCACCCUAAUUACCGAGCUGGAACUGGAGAAGUCCUUGCAGCACCACGAUGAGAUUGAAGACGAGAUAGGGUGCAUAGAGAAGACUCUCCUAAAGCGUCGGGCGGAACUCAGAGAGGCAGAUCGGCUGCUGGCGGAAGCAGAGGCAGAGCUCCAAUCCACACGGGCAAAGACCACCGACAUCAUUGAAAAGUACACCUGUGCAAAGAAGCACUUGAGCACCACAGAGAGCGACGCCGAAGAGCUGGAGCGGCGGGCACAAGAGACAGCCAGGCAGCUGGUGAAAGCAGAUCAGCAACUCAGAAUGCUGCAACGGAGCGCCUGCGACCUGGAGCAGCACCGAGCGGAACAAGAGAGCAUGCUGACGGAAAUAAACAGCGUGGUAUCCGAAAAGGACUCUGAAUUCCAGGCACUCGGCAAAAAGAUUGACACGAUGACUGAAAGUCUCCAGAAGCUCCAUGCUGAUAUCCAGGUGGUAGCGGCCAAGGAAGCCAAUCAUCUUCAGGCACUUAAGGAAGCGGAAUCCCUGCUGCAGGAGAAGAAGGCAGUCCUGGAGCGAAUAGAUGAGCAGGUAUACGCCCAGCAGCAAGACAUAGCGGGUAUGGACCGCCUUCUAGGUCAGAAGAAGGAGGAGCUGCACCUUCUGCAGGAUCACAUUGACCAUAAGAAAGCAGAUCUGAAGGAAGUCUUACGGGACGGGGAACUGGAUGUGGCGGAUUGCAGACAAGAGAUACAAGAAGUCAAGUCUCUCUUGGAAGAUUUAAGUGCUCAAAAAGGAGAGCUCAAUGCCCAAGUGAGCGAGAAGAAGGCACAGCUGGGGCGACUGAAACAGGAAAUCCUUCAAGAAGAAGAUAAUCUCCAAACAUUGGCUUCCCAGAUAAAUAAGCUCAAAUCUGAGCUGAAACACGUGUUGGAGAUGGUGCAACUGGAGAACAACGAACUGCAGGGCUUGAAGCUGCAGCACAACCAGAAGGUGGAUGAGAUGGAGAACAUACAGACAACCCUUCUAGAGGGGAAGUUAGAAUUGGAAAACCUGCAGCGGACCUCUCAACGCCUAAACGGGGAGGUGGAGCGGCAGAGACAAGUGCUGGAGAAAGACCAUAGGGAAAUGGAGCUUCUGAUGACGCAGAUGCACACCCUCCAGGAGAAUGUGGCUUCCCUGGGCAGCGACAAAGCCCGUGUGGAGGAGAGCAGCCAGCAGCUGGAGAAGAAGCUCGCCCAGGCCACAAAAACACUCGCAGCUACGGAGGAGAAUAACCGAGCGGCCAGUAGCAAUGCAGAGAAGUUGGCGUCUGAAAUCAAACGGUUACAGAAAGAGAUCGACCAGCUCCACAAACAGAAGCAUUCUCUGAGGCAGGAAGGGUCGGUGGUACAGCAGCAAGUGCAAGAUAGAACAGAUGAGUUGAACUUACUUAAGGAUGAGCUUAACGAUACCAGGGAGCAACUGAAGCUAAUUGAGCAGGACCUGAGAAAUGCCACAAGGGCUCGUGACGAGAUGCUCAGGGAAAAGACCACCCUACAGGCGGCCAUUGAGGAGAGUUCGGCGAGGUACAAAUCUCUGCAGGACAAAGAGGCCCGGAAAGAACAGCAGCUGAGCCACCUCCAGAGGGCGAUAGAGGAGAAAGAGGGCGAGAUGGAAAAACACGAUGCGGUAAAUGCCUGGGUCCUGAAGCAAGUCCUGAGAGACCUCGACAUCCAGGAACAGCAGCUGAAAGAAUCCACGGCCAAACUGAAGGAGCACCGGCAGGCCCUGGAAUGGGAACUGGCCAAUAGGAAGACUUCUCUGGAAAUGCUUAACUCCAAAGUAAAUGCGCUGGAGGAACGAGCCCUGCAGCUCCAGCAAGAGGAAAAGUGGUCGGCCGCCCUAGAGGAAUCACUCCGCAGCACCAGGCACCAGCUGGAGGAAAAAGAGCAGGCGUUACGGGAAAAGGCAUCGGAACUCGCGGAGAUGCAGAAGGAGGCGGAGAUUUCUAAGGCCGACUCGGGCCGCGUGCGGGAGCAGUUGGCGUCGCAGAGGAAAAACGACGAGAAGCGGAUCCUGCUGCUGAAAGACGCUGUAAAGAAACAGAGGGCGGAGUAUGAGCAAGCCAUGCAGGAAGAAAAGCAGGAGAAGAACAACCUGCAGAAGCAGUUGAUUUCCGUGGAACAAGCGGCGUACGAUAACCACGAGCGGGCAAAGCGACUGAUGCGGGAGCUGAAACAGCUGCAGUCGGAACACACGGUUCUGCGCAACCAGCUCAAAACCCAAGAGGAAGUGGACAAGCGGCAGCAGGAAGUGAGGGAAGCGAUGAGAGCGUUAAAGACUCAGGUUAAAAACGAAAUCGAAAGCGGCCUGCGAGAUCUGCGCUGCGUGGAGGAGCGCGAGCUCUUGGGGGACGUGGAGGCGGAGUCAAACCGCAGCCUGCAUUCUCGCCUAGAAAGCCUAAAGGAGAACUUUCCCUUCUCGGCCAAUGAAACAGCGUCACAGCCGCCACAUACGGACAGAGCUGGGAGGGGCAAAGAUCACAUGAUGGAGGAACAUUGGCACGGGGAAUCCCUGCGCGAGAAACUGCAGCAACACGAAGACAGACUGAAGGUAAGUCCCCUCCUGUGGCGCCGGUGGGUAGGUACCAAGCCCAGACUGGCACCUCCCCGCCAACAGGGAUAUCUCUAUCCGCAGGCUCAGCUGCGCCAACGCAUGUCCAGCCAAGCCGACGCCCUCAGCCGCGCCAAACGCCACACGGAGGGGACCCUGCACAGCCUGAGGCGCCAAGUGGAGGCGCUGGAUGAACUGGUCAGUAACAGCUCGGCCGAGUCUUGGCUGCACUCCCAGAACCUCUCCGGGGUCAACUCCUCCCUCCAUGAACUUUCCCACAGUCCUCCCUGUCAGGGAAUCCAUAUCUCCCACGUUACAGACACGGCCGGGGGAGGCACUCAGCACUUCAGCGCUCUCUAUACGCACCACAUUCUGCCUUAAACUGACCAGGGACAAGCACCAACCAAUGACCUGUGAUUUCCCAGACGUGUCGGCUGUUCCCAUAGGACACUGCAUCCAUUUCCCAGACGCACCGGCAAGUCUGACCCUGCACUAACUACUUCUUCUAAUUUAUUUUUAUACAUUUCUAUUUUGUAUUAUUGUGUCUCCGCUCGGCCUUUGUAUGAUACACGUGUACAUUUUCUACUUUCGUACAAAUAAAUGGGUUUUGUAAGAUGCCGAUUGGUCAAAUCCCUGCCCCCCCAUAGGAUGUAGCUCAGAGCUCCCCCUGCUGUUCCAAAACCCAAUGGAAUCGGUCAAUAACGAAGCCGGGUAUAAAUUAUCUAGAUACAGGUACUUUAUUUACAAAUAUUUCGAUUAAUAGCAUUUUGUUACAUCGAGGGAAAGUACAGCAGUCCAAAACAAAACCCUUUAGUCACAGAUAUGAACAGGUGGCUGACUGUAACUGAAGGUACUGGGGGGGGGGGGGAAUAAAAUCUCAGGAUGAGGGGAGUGAGAUGAGCUGUGGUCCCUGGACAAACCCCCCAAACUGUGUGAACCCCGAAUGAUGAGGGCGUUUCAUGGAAAGAACCUCAGGUUAGAAGUGAGCCAAUAGGAAGAGGGGAGGAGGCGGGACUGUUCCAGUCCAACAGAUCCAUUGGUUCCUCUGGGCCACAAACAUAUCAGACUAUCCCCUAUCCAUGCGCGAGGGAGAGCGUGGCCCCUUUAUACUCCCCCCGAGUUUCCCUUCCCAUAGGCUCAGCACAUCGAAUGGAUGGAACCAAUCAUGUGACCGUUGGACUAUUCCAUGGAGAGAAAGGGGGGGGACAGCAAUCUAAAACACCGGAUGCUGCGCUUUAAAAACCUGCCCACUUGUAGUGUUAAAAGAAAAAUGAACAUUAAAGGACAAGGAAAGCCUCAGUCACUGGGGAGGGCACCAACUGGUUGGGCCACAUCUCUUACCCUGAGGAGGUCUCCGCCAUCUUGCCCUAGGCUCCCAGAUAUCCUCUGAACCUUAGUCAGAGAGUCUGGGGGGGGGGGGAGGGGGAAGAUGGCGGAGGUUCUCGCUGCAUGGAAGUACCCCAGGCUGCUGUCUUAUAGGGGCGUGCCAGCUCAGGGUAGAAGCCAUUCAUAAUCAGUUACCUCUUACCCAGACCCGGCCUCCCAGUUACCCUAUCCUGGAACAGUAAGCCCUGGCCCUGAGUGACCUUCUUCAGGCCCUGCCUCUGCCAUCUUACCCCGGCCUCCCAGUUACCCUACCCUGGAACAGUAAGCCCAGCCCUGAGUGACCUUCUUCAGGCAACGCCUCUGCUAUCUUACCCCGGCCUCCCAGUUACCCUAUCCUGGAACAGUAAGCCCUGGCCCUGAGUGACCUUCUUCAGGCUGCGCCUCUGCCAUCUUACCCCGGCCUCCCAAGUAUACCCUCUGCCUUAGUCCGACUUGGUGUUUUCCUGACUACGGCACUGGGGAUACCUGGGAGGCUGUAGGGAAAAUGGUGGAGGCCCAACCCUCCCACUGACUGAGGCUUUACUUGUCCUUUAAACUCCUAAAAAGCAGCAGACUGAUUCCAAACAGAAUAAAAGAAACAGGAAAGAGGGGAAAACAAAAAGUGCAAAAGUCAAACCCAGCCUUUUUCCUUCUGUACAACGUAAGGCAGGAAAGCUCGUUAGCAAACGGCUCGUUUCCCCGCCCCCAAUGGAUGUCUGAACGAUGACAAGUGCAAACAACGGCCACACUUCUUAAAGAGACGGCGCUCCUUAUCUAAAAGGGAGGCUUACAUACUGUACAAAGUGAGUUUUCUUUAUAUACUAACGCCGGGAUCCGUUUUAUUGGCUUCGUUAAAAUCAUAUACACAGGAUGUCCGUCAGUGUUAGUGCUCCUCCUUCUUUACAUAUGUACGUGUUAAAGUCCCCACAUAAAAACACAGGAUAAAGCACAAAAAAGAAAAAUAUAUAUAUUCUAUGAAUGAUUAAGACAGACGUUGUUGGAAACCCCGCCCUCCCGCCGCAUAAUAAGGCUGAUGGCUCCUCCUACUGCACGGAGACGCAAUUCCAGGCAACGUCUGGGGGAGGGGCUAGGAGCGCCAUCAGUCUUGCACUGCGGUUACAGAAACCCCGCCCCCGCGUGAACUGAUUCACAGCAAAUAAACCUACAGAGUAUGACGACUCACGGAAAGGAAAGGGGGGCGUUACUUACAAUAAGAGGUGGAGCUUGUAAGACGGCCUGGCGACGAAUCAGAUAAGUCCAGCAUCAGUGCUAUGUUAAAAUCAUGGAACAUCACAAAUACGAUUAAGAAAAAAAAAAA